GACAGUUGUCAUUACGUGGCUCCGACUGAUCUGCAGGCCGGACCAAAACGAAAAACAAUCUUUUAUUUUUAGUAAUAUCCCUAAUUUAAUAUUAUUUCGAAUUAUAUAAAUAAAUACACAAUGAAGUAUUCUUGGCAAAACUCGUGGCUUGUGGCAUUCGUAAUUGCCAUCUCAUUUAGUACAGCCAAAUGUUACACUAUCACAGUCGACGCUCACGCUGAAGAGUGCUUUUUCGAAAAAGUAGAAGCAAAUACUAAAAUGGGUUUAACUUUCGAGAUAGCAGAAGGUGGAUUCCUAGACAUAGACGUGACUAUAACUGCUCCAGAUGGUUCAGAACUAUAUCGUGGUGAGAGAGAAUCAUCCGGCAUGUACACAUUCUCGGCACCUACAUCAGGACGAUACACCUACUGCUUCAGCAAUAAGAUGUCUACUAUGACACCAAAGGUGGUAAUGUUCAACUUGGAGAUGGGAGAUGUUCCAAACAAGGAAGAGCAGAAAGGCAGUGAGGUGGACCACAACAAGCUGGAGGACAUGAUCAAGGAGCUAGCCUCCACUCUCAAGAUAGUCAAGCAUGAGCAGGAAUAUAUGCAGGUCAGAGAUCGCAUCCAUCGCUCAAUCAAUGAAAGCACAAACUCCAAAGUAGUCUUGUGGUCUAUAUUUGAGGCGGGAGUACUCCUUGUCAUGACCCUGGGACAAGUGUACUAUCUUAAGAGGUUUUUCGAAGUCCAACGUGUAGUGUAACAUUGUUCUAUAUACUAUAUUAUAAUCAUCAGACUGUACAAAUGAGAUCAAUAUUUGUAUAAAACAGAGUGACAGUGGUUGUUUCUUAACUAGGUUGUACAAUUUGAUUUUGCUAUGAAUAGAUCUCUUUGUGUUAAGAAAUACAACCAGUCUUUAAAAUUAUAAUAUCUUGCUCCCAUUUCAUAUCUAUUUAUUUCACAAUUAUAAAAUGUAAAUGCAACACUUGUGCAAACAUUGUGACAACUGUAUUAUUUAAACUUACACAAUAGUUUUGUUAAGAAUUGAAUUUUUGUAUGGUACAUAACUGUCAAUAGCGCAAUGUCUCAUAGAUUUAUGUAUGUGUCACUAAUGUAAUUUAUAAAGUAUUAUAAUUUUGGAGGCCAGAAUUAGUACUUCCUCUCCGAUCUGAAGGGAGUGGGCAUGAGUGUAUGGUGUAUGCUAGUGGUUACAAAUUGUAAUAAAUUAACGAUGUUUAUAAAA